AUGAAGGCUCUCAGACGCAGCAUAAAGGGGGAUAAGGAUUCCAAAGCCCAACAUAUUUCGAUAGCUCCGAAAUCAGCGAUAUCUAUAGUCCCUCCGAAAAAGGUAAUUCGCGCAUUAUACGAUUAUGAGGCACAAUCGAACCAGGAGUUGGGCUUCUCGAAAGGCGACUUUUUUCAUGUAAUUGGACGAGAAAACGAUACAGAUUGGUAUGAGGCAUGCAACCCAGCGUUGCCAGAUGCCCGAGGACUGGUACCGGUAGCAUUUUUUCAGGCGCUGGGAAAGACAGAAAGGGACAGUGGGCAAUCUGACACUUCGCCACAACCUGUAAGAUUACCCGAUCACGAUUCAGGAUACUCGGACACAUCGGGCUCUGGGACUCUAGUUGGGACGGAAACACAACGUUCAUCCAAAUCUACGACGAAAGGAAUAGGCGCCAUGGUGUACGGAAUUGUGAUGUACGAUUUUGCCGCGGAACGGCCAGAUGAGCUGGAUGCGAAGGCUGGAGAGGCAAUCAUUGUCAUUGCUCAAUCGAAUCCGGAGUGGUUUGUGGCGAAACCUAUUGGAAGGUUGGGAGGACCUGGCUUGAUCCCUGUGUCAUUUAUCGAAAUCAGAGAUAUGACUUCCGGCCAGGCGGUACCGGAUGCACAAGAUGCUGUUCAAAGGGCUGGCGUGCCAAAGGUUGAGGAGUGGAAGAAAAUGGCAGCGGACUACAAGAACAGCAGCAUUACGCUUGGGAAGUUCGAAGUACCAAAUUCGGGGUCGCCAGGGUUAGAGCAGGGCAUGGAUAGGAUGAGCCUACAGCAAGGAGGUCGGCAGAGUCAGCAAAAUGGCUUUCAACAGAGGCAAUCCCAACAAAGCAGACCUAUGCAAGCAGCCCAACCGCUGCAGAAUAACUACGCUUCAAAAUCAACUUCUCAGCUUUAUGCUCCUAUCUCAGCGCGCAUACCGCGAUAUUGCUUCGCAGAGGAUAAGUACUGGUUUGUUAUUGAAGCUGGAUUAGAAGAUGGACGGCACUGGGAGCUUUCGAGAUAUUACGAGGACUUUUAUGACUUUCAAAUUGCACUCUUGACAGAAUUCCCUGCUGAGGCGGGUAACACCGGAACCCAAAAGAGGACUUUGCCCUAUAUGCCUGGACCUGUCAAUUAUGUGACGGAUGCGAUUACAGAGGGCCGGCAACACAAUCUCGACGCAUAUGUCAAGAACCUGCUUACACAACCACCGUAUAUCUCGAGAUGUACACUGGUGAAGCAGUUCUUUGCGCCCAGGGAAGGAGACUACGAAAUGGAUCCGAAUGCCGUAAAUGAGGAGUAUAGGUUAUCUGGAGGGUCGCAGCAAUCUUCAAGUGACUCGCCAAGUAAUCGAGCAUCAAGACAAUCGUCUCGUGGCAAUCUGAAUGGCGCAGGUUAUGCAGGAGGACUUACAGCAGCACCUGCGAGAAACUCGCCCCACCAAAGAAACCAACCUUCGUUAUCUGUAAACGGGAAUGGAAAUCUCGCACCAACACGUCAAACAUCAUCUCUUUCUCAGCCAUCCAAACAAUCCCUCUCCCCUGGUCUGAAUGGGCAGCAACCUUCUGCAAUGAAAGUCAAGAUUUACUUUGGAGAGGACUUGAUUGCAAUUCGGGUACCAACCGACAUCCAAUACCAACAACUUCACGAGAAGAUUAGAGACAGGCUAAAGAUCGCAGCUACAGAGGAGAUAGCAUUAUACUACAAGGAUGAAGCUACUGGAGAAAGACCUGGCCUCGUGAGCAAUAACGAUCUAGAUACUGCCCUCAGGAGGAACGACAAACUGGUUAUUUAUGUCGAAGACGCCUGA